UGCUGCUGAACUGAGCUGGGGCGCAGCCGCCUGUCUGCACAGGCAGCACCAUGUUGCUCAUGGUCGUCAGCAUGGCGUGUGUUGGGUUCUUCUUGCUGCAGGGGGCCUGGCCACAUGUGGGUGGUCAGGACAGGCCCUUCCUCUCUGCCUGGCCCAGCACUGUGGUGUCUCAAGGAGAACACGUGACUCUUCAGUGUCACUGUCGUCUUGGGUCUAACAAAUUCAGUCUGUCCAAGGAAGACGGGAUGCCUGUCCCUGAGCUCUACAACAGAGUAUUCUGGAACAGCUUCCUCAUGGGCCCUGUGACCCCAGCACAUGCAGGGACCUACAGAUGUCGGGGUUUUCACCCACACUCCCCCACUAGGUGUUCGGCACCCAGCAACCCCGUGGUGAUCAUGGUCACAGGAGUCCACAGAAAACCUUCCCUCCUGGCCCACCCAGGUCCCCUGGUGAAAUCAGGAGAGAUGGUCAUCCUGCAAUGUUGGUCAGAUACCAGGUUUGAGCACUUCCUUCUGCACAAAGAGGGGAUCACUGAGGACCCUUUGCGCCUCGUUGGAGAGCUCCACGAUGCGGGUUCCCAGGCCAACUAUUCCAUGGGUCCCAUGACACCUGCCCUUGCAGGGACCUACAGAUGCUUUGGUUCUGUCACUCACUUACCCUAUGAGUUGUCGGCUCCCAGUGACCCUCUGGACAUCGUGAUCAUAGGUCUAUAUGGGAAACCUUCUCUCUCAGCCCAGCCAGGCCCCAUGGUUCAGGCAGGAGAGAAUGUGACCUUGUCCUGCAGCUCCCGGAGCUUGUUUGACAUGUACCAUCUAUCCAGGGAGGGGACGGCCCAUGAACUUAGGCUCCCUGCAGUGCCGAGGGUCAAGGCAACAUUCCAGGCUGACUUCCCUCUGGGCCCUGUGAUCCACGGAGGGAACUACAGAUGCUUUGGCUCUUUCCGUGCCCUGCCCCACGCGUGGUCACACCCGAGUGACCCACUGCCCGUUUCUGUCACAGGUAACUCUAGACAACUGCACGUUCUGAUUGGGACCUCAGUGGUCAUCAUCCCCUUUGCUAUCCUCCUCUUCUUUCUCCUUCAUCGCUGGUGCUCCAACAAAAAGAAUGCUGCUGUAAUGGACCAAGAGCCUGCAGGGAACAGAACAGUGAACAGGGAGGACUCUGAUGAUCAAGACCCUCAGGAGGUGACAUACGCACAGUUGGAUCACCGCGUUUCCACACAGAGAAAAAUCACUCGCCCUUCUCAGAGGCCCAAGACACCCCCAACAGAUACCAUUGUGUACACGGAACUUCCAGAUGCUGAGCCCAGAUCCAAAGUUGUCUCCUGUCCACGAGCACCACAGUCAGGCCUUGAGGGGGUCCUCUAGGGAGACAGCAGCCCUGUCUCAAACCCGGCUUGCCAGCUCCCAUGUACCAGCAGCUGGAAUCUGAAGGCAUCAGUCUUCAUCUUAGGGCAUUGCUCUUCCUCACACCACGAAUCUGAAUAUGCCUCUCUCUUGCUUACAAAUGUCUAAGGUCCCCAAUGCCUGCUGCAGAGAAAACACACUCCUUUGCUUAACCCGCAAUUCUCCAUUUCCCUUGACCCCUGCCCACCUCUCCAACCUAACUGGCUUACUUCCGAGUCCUACUUGAGGCUGCGAUCACACUGAGGAACUCACAAUUCCAAACACACAAGAGGCUCCCUCUUAACACGGCACAGACACGUGCUGUUCCACCUUCCCUCA